GCGUAAUCACUGUUAUGAAUUUUUAAGUUGUUUACUCAUUGUAUUCUUUAAUUCUUAGACUUAUUACAUAAAUAAUUGUAAACUAAUUUUAUAAACUAUUAAUUCGAGUUUUCAUAAUUUAAAGAAUCUUUAUUAAAAGUAUUGAGUUUUGUGCACCUGUGUUUGUAAAAUUACAAAAUAAAAACAUUUCCGAACACGUGUGAGUUUUAUUGUAAUUUUAUUGCACAAGAAUGGGAAAGCAAAUUUGGAAUCAGCAGACCUUGAACAUAGCUAAUAAUUUAACAAAUAAUGUUCUUCGAAUGAAAACUGGCAUUGGAAUCUUAAGCCUUCUUAAAGGAUAUGAAAAGUGUGACACUAGACAUUAUAGUGACGCUAGAAAGAUAAAGACAGGCAUACUGAUGAUGAAUAUGGGGGGUCCUAGCUCCUUAACAGAAGUAGAAGACUUUUUAACUAGGCUGUUUACAGACAAAGAUAUUAUGACUCUACCUAUGCAAAGUAAACUAGGUCCCAUGAUUGCAAAAAGACGGACACCUAACAUAAUCCAAAAGUAUAGUGAAAUUGGUGGUGGUUCACCAAUUCUUAAGUGGACUAACAAGCAAGGAGAAUUGAUGACAAGUCUUCUGGACAAAAUUAGUCCUACAACUGCACCACACAAACAUUAUGUUGGCUUCCGCUAUGCAAACCCACUUACUGAAGACAGCAUUGCACAGAUGGAAAAGGAUGGAGUAGAGCAUGCUGUGGCCUUUUCUCAAUAUCCUCAAUACAGCUGCAGCACUUCUGGAAGUAGCUUUAAUGCUCUCUAUCGGUAUUAUUUAAAUAAAGAAAUCCCCAUGAAAUGGAGUUUCAUUGAUCGUUGGCCAACACAUCCGAAACUGUUAGAGUGCUUUGCUGAUCUCAUUACCAAAGAGUUGAAAACAAUUCCAGAAGAAGACAGAAAUGAUGUUAUUCUCUUAUUUACUGCACAUGCAUUGCCAAUGAAGGCUGUUAAUGCAGGUGAUCCUUAUCCUGCUGAAGUAGCUGCCACUGUCUUAGGUGUUAUGCAGAAACUCAAUUUCAGUCACUCAUACAGAUUGGUUUGGCAAUCAAAAGUAGGGCCUGUUGCAUGGUUAAGUCCUCAGACAGAUGAUGCCAUUAAAGGUUAUGUUGAAAAAGGAAAGAAAAAUCUCAUGCUAAUCCCUAUAUCUUUUGUAAAUGAACAUAUAGAAACUCUUCAUGAGUUAGACAUUGAAUAUGGGGAAGAAUUAGCUAAAAAAUUGGGUGUCAAGAAUUUUCGAAGAGUUCCGGCUCCAAAUGAUCAUCCUGCUUUCAUAGAGGCCUUAGCAGAUAUUAUGAAAACUCAUCUAAGCAAGGAUGAAGUGUGCAAUCCUCAAUUACUUCUGAGAUGUCCUCUUUGUACAAAAGUUACUUGUCAUAUAACCAAGGGAUGGCUAUCUACACUGAAACAGAAAAAACAUUAAAUAUUAUUGAAACAUAUACGAUGAAAUACCAUUAAUAGGAACAAAAGAGAUAGCAUAUAAGUGCUACUAAACUACAUAGGAUUUGUUCAGCAUAUUUUAAUUAAAAUAUUUGAAAGGAACAAAUUGUAAUUAAGAAAGAACAUGAUUUGAAACUUAUCACUGGUGUAAUAUUGCUAUGCUCUAGAUUUUUAGAAUUUAUUUUUUGAAUAAGAUGCAUUUUAUCUCUUUAAAAAGCCAUUUUUUUCUAGUAUAUUAAAAUUAUUUUGAAAAGUGAUUUUUUUUUUAAAAUUCAGAUAACUUUUUAGGAAAAAUUAAUUUUGUUUAUAACUGAAUCUAUUUAAUUAUUAACAAAUUAAGAUAUUUUGUUUUGGUUUAAGAAAAGAAGCAACUUAGUUUUUGUUUCACUGAAAAAUUUGACGAGAACCUAUGCUAAUCUUUUUUUUAUUUUGGCACAUAAUAAUAAUGUGUUAUUGAUAAUUAAUUUUAUUGCUUAAAUCACAUUUUUGUUUUAAUAUUUUUCAUGAUUUGUAAUAAUAAUUGAUGAUGAAAUAGACAACUAUAAAUAUUUCAAAAUUAAGUAAUUUGGUGAUAAUAUUUUCUAAAGUUGUGAGAAAUAUAUUUAAAUAAAUUUCUGUGAUAUCUUAGCAUAGAACCAUAGCAAGAAUUUGAUAUAUUAGUUAUUUCUGUGCAAAUCAGCAAUGAAUUGGAAUUUAAAUUUAUUAUUGUAAUAUUUUGGUAUUUUAAAAUGCUGAUAUUUCUUAAUGCAUAAUUUCUCAAUUUAAUCAAUCUGAACUUUCUAUAUUAUGCAAAUGUAAUAUCUAGAAAGUUAAUGGGUAUAAAAAUAUAAAGAUGAAAUAUAUUUUCUCUCUACCAUAAGGAAAAGGGAUUGUUCUAUUUUGAUAUAUAUUUCAUGAAAGGAGUGUAGUAUGGAAAUGUUCAGAAAUAGCAUGUAAUUGAAAUCCAAAAUAAUUUGUUUUAUUUUCUUUGUUAUUAUUUAUUAUUAUUAUCCUAACUAUACUCAGAGGAGAAGAAAUAUUCAAGUUUUGCAUUUAAAAUAUAUUUAUAAAAUACAAAUUUCAUUAAAGUAUUUUUUUAGUAAUCAUAAUUCAUCAAUACAUAUACUUCAGAGGUUCUUAGAUAAUAAUAUAUCAAAUGACUUUCUAUCAUUAUUCUCUCUUCAGCAGUCUAUGACAUUUAAUAAUAAUAUUAGCAUUAGAAAUUUACUUUAAUUAAAACUGCUGUUCAAAAAGUAGUAUUUUAAAAUAUUGAAUUGUCAAUUUUUAAUAAAAUAUCAUGAAAAAAGAAGUUUUGGGGGGAGAGCAGGACUCAGUUACAAUGUAUUCUUUUUUCUAUAUUCAUUACAUUAUCCAUCUUAGAGUUCAACUUGAUUUCAUACAUUAAAUUCAAAAAUAUAGAAUAUUUACUAUUCUAUAGAUUAGCUAAAAGAUUAAAAACAUUAUUAGAAAAAGAGUUGCCAAAAAUAUUGCAAUUUGUGUUGUUUGAUUUCCAUUUAUGAUUAAAUUUCCAAAUAUUCAUUAUAUACCAUUGCAGUAAAAAAAAAUCUUAUGUUAUUAAUAAAAGUGACGAUUUAUAAAACUAUGCUUAAGAAACAUAACCUCUCUUCCCAUAUUUGCUGUCAUAUCAUUUACGUAUUUGUUUAGUUUAUAAAUAUUUUGUUGUUGUUGGAACUUGUUUCAUUAUUUUUGAAUAUAAAUUAUUUCAAAUGUUACCAAUUAUAAGAUAGACAAAUUAAUAUCAUUCUUAUUUCUGUAUUUGUAAUAAUCUACCUCUGCAAGUUAGCAUUUUAUCAUUGUAUUUCAUUUAUUCAUUUCUUUAUGGGGAACUGAGGCUGUAAGAUUCUGAUAUUAUACAGUAAUUUCAUUUCAUUUCUCAUCCUGCUAUCUCAACAAAAAACAACUCGAGCCAAUAAAUAUAAAAUAAAUGGGUAUGUUUGGCCUGCAUUUCUCUACUUAUUACCCUUUAUUCAUAUCAUACCCUCUUCGGUUUAGCCAUUGGAGCUGCAACACUGAACUUAUACGAUUAAGGCCAACAAAAAUUUGUUAAUUAAUUGUACACUGUAAUUAGAGCUGUAAGAAUCUAUUAUUUCAUUAUAAGAGUGCUUUUCCUCAAUGCAUAACAAAGUUAUUUGAAUCUCUGCACACAAUUGCAUUGUGCAUAUGGCCAAAUUAUAUGUUUAAUAAAUGAGAGAAAUAAAAUUCUUACCACUCGAUCAAUAUUGUAUAACUCAUAGCCUAUCCCUAAUCAUAUUACUUUCAAGGGGCAUCUCAGAUAGGAAAUAAGGAGCUUCCAGUAUGAUGUCUGGUUCUUGCCACCCUGCUGGAUAUAGAAAUGGUGUAGGGGCAGCUACGCCCUACUGAUGACGGAAUGUGCUCAUAUAGGAGAGGUUGUAUUGUGGGCAAUGAUGCCCCUUAGAACUCAACCAUAGUUUUAGCUUGUGCUGUUGUGGUGUCAUUCAGCUUUAUUUGUGUGCCUGUGAUUAGGAAUAAUCCAAAAAGAUACUUUAACCUCUUAACCAAGUAUGACAAAUAAGCAAGUUAAACAGAAUACAAAAGUGAUUUUCCCAGUUAAUAGUGGGAUGUAUUGAAAACAAGAUCUCCUUUACAUAAAUUUGCAUAGCUAAUAAAUCUAGAAUAAAUAAUUGUUUACAUUUUGUACUUAGAAAAUUAUACAAUUUCUGGUAUGAGAUUCACUGUAUCUAGAUAGAGGUCAAAUUCAAUUAUUUGCGCUGAGAAAAGCGAAUUUUUCUGUAUAGUGUUAUAAGUUUCCAGUCUGAGUUGCCUCUAGUUUUGGAAGACAUAGAGUCCAGGUUUGCCGAUCCCUUAUUGAAUUCUCAUGCUGUAUGAGCGUCAUUUUAUAUUCACCUGUUACACUUAAUUAAAUUGCCUGGUUCAAGGCAUAUAAUCACUAUCAAGAUUUUAAAACAGACUAUCAAUAAAAAUACAUACAGUUCAUAUUACCAAUAAUAUAACAGAUGCUUUACCUUUCCGGCUUGUUGACGGAUGAGGUAUGCCUCUCCUAUUAAUGACUCAUUGAUUAUUUCUCACGGGAGACAAGAAUUGCAACUCCAAAGGAAUUACCAUCCUGAUUCUGUAUAUAAUAAAAUAUAUGUUUACUAAAUGUCCCCCACUAUUACAUUACUUCCUUUUGAGUUGGUUUGCCCUCACUAUAAAGAGCGUGCCUUUUAAACACAUAGAUUUUAAAAUGUUCAAACAUAUUACUUUCAUUAAUAUGGCAACAUUUUGCAUUCAAAAUUUCAGACUUUUAAUUCACAAAUUUAUAGUCACAAUCAUGUUCGAAACUUGAGUCAUCUGGCUGGUUUAUCAGCCAUUGUAUUCUUUGAGUAACAAUAUAUGUAAUUUACAGGGAGAAUUCCAGACUAAAAAUAUUAUUAAUAAAAGCAAAAGUGAAAAUUCUACUCUAGAAUUGAUUUCCAAAGAAAUAACUUUCUGUAAUAGGAUUGGCAUUGGAAAUAAAUAUGAUGAAACAUGAAAAAUAGUCAAUACUUCACAACAGUAGUAAAAAAAAAUUAGUAUUAGAAUUUAUUUUGAAAAUAUUAUUAAAAUUUUUGAAAAAAUGCUCAUAAGUAAAAUAGGUAUUACUGAAAAGUCAUUAAAAAGAUUUAAGUUGUGUAAAAAUGCUUUUUGUGCAAUAUUAUAUUCUGAAAUUUUCAAUGAAGUAUAUUAAAAUUUUGAUCGCUUUGAAUUAAAACCUUAAUUCAAAUUCUGAAGUGGAAAAAAUCCUCUUUUGACACUUUUAACUCAAAAAAAUAACUACAUCCGAAUUUUAUCGGUUAAUUCCAAAUUAUUAAUUUCCGCGUCGUAUUAUUUAUUGAUUGUAUACCAGAUUAAAAAGAGUAUCUUGUUAAAAUGGCCUUAAAAACUAUGUUAGCUACUGAGUUUCCCUUCAUUAAGAACAAAACAUCAUUCCUAUUCAUUUCUAAUCUCUAAAAUUUUAUCAUUUAUGAUGUGAUUUUAUUUUUUAUGUUAUAUGGAAUCAUUUAUUCUUUUAUAAUAAAUCUCUGACUUUUUUAAUCUGAUUAUUUAUUUGUUUAUCAUGAAUGAAUUUUUUGCAUGAAUUGUACUUUAAUUUUCUGGUAACUUACCAGAUUAUGGAAUCAGGGAUAUCACAUUUCCAUUUUUAAAAUUAUUCAUUAUCUGUUGCUAUUUCUUGUAUAUAAAUGAGUAUCACAUUCUGAUGCAUUCCUAAUAAUUUCUAUUGUUUUUUUUUUCUUUCUGAAUAUUGAGUAUUUAUAAAGAUAUUGUUUGAUAAAAAAAAAUUAAGGAAAUAUUUUUAGAUUCUUAUGUCAGUUUUAAUAUAAUAUAUACUUGUAUUUAACUUGUUUAUUUUUUAAAUAUAUUUUGAGAUUUUUAAUUUUGUAUAAAAAUGAGUAAAAUUUCUAUGAUUUUCUCAAAAUAAAAUACUUUUCAGAUAUUUACCCUUUGGGAAUUGGCAAGAAUGAAAAUAUUUGUUGGUGAUGAUAUAUAGAUUUAAUGCAUUUUACUUUUUUGACUAGAUUAUUGACCGUAUAUGUUAAUAUGAGAAAUUAAAAAAGUAUUUUUGUUAAAAGUUGUUUGCUUCCAUGUAUUUAUACACUAUUUCUUUUACUGUUAAACUUUUUAAAUGAAAAAUAAAAUUCAAAAUUCUGAUCAA